AUGGCACCUGCUCGUGGAGAUUCAGAGGCGGCUCCAAGCGCAGACGCACCGACAACGCCCGCUUGCUGGCCCAGUUCUCGUGUGCGUCAAACAUUCAUCGAUUAUUUCAUCGACAGGGGACACACUUUCGUAGAGUCGUCACCAGUGGUGCCUUUCGACGACCCGACACUGCUCUUCACCAACGCUGGUAUGAACCAGUUCAAGCCCCUGUUCCUGGGUCGGGUGGAUCCGACCUCACCCCUAUUCGGCCUGAAACGCGCGUGUAACACCCAAAAGUGCGUGCGUGCCGGUGGGAAGCACAACGACCUGGACGAUGUCGGCCGGGACACCUAUCAUCACACCUUUUUCGAGAUGCUCGGCAACUGGUCGUUCGGCGACUACUUCAACGCCGAGGCGAUCAACUGGGCAUGGGACCUACUGACCCGCGUCUACGGACUCGAUCCGGACCAGCUCUACGCAACCUACUUUGGUGGAGACGCUGCGAACCAGUUGCCCGCCGACCUUGAUACUCGUGACCAGUGGCUGCGCUACCUGCCACCAGAGCGAGUGCUUCCAUUCGGAACCAAGGAUAAUUUUUGGGAAAUGGGCGAGACUGGACCCUGUGGUCCCUGUACGGAAAUUCACUAUGACCGCGUUCGGGGUCGACCCGCGCACCAAGCUGCUGCCCUAGUCAAUGCCGGUCACGAGUCGCUGAUCGAGAUCUGGAACCUCGUGCUGAUCCAGUUCAACCGGGAACCAGACGGACAGUUGCGUCGGUUGCCUGCGCGUCACGUCGACACCGGCAUGGGACUGGAACGUCUCUGCGCAAUUCUGCAGGGAAAAUCCUCAAACUACGACACCGAUAUGUUUGCGCCUCUGUUUGCAGCGAUUCAGCGAGAGUCUGGAUCGAGUGAAGCGUACGCUGGUCGGCUGGGUGCCACCGACUCUGCACUCACCGACACUGCCUAUCGAGUUGUUGCCGAUCACAUACGCACCCUGACGUUUGGCAUCGCCGAUGGGGCGGUACCCUCGAACGAAGGUCGAGGCUACGUUCUGCGCCGUAUCCUGCGCCGCGCUGUGCGCUACGGGCAGCAGUUUCUGAACGCACCCCGCGGUUUUCUACACCGGCUCGUUCCGGACGUCGCACGGCUCUAUCAAACGACGUUCCCUGAGGUGGCUGCAAAGGCUGACUACAUCGCUGGUGUCAUUCAAGAGGAGGAGAUGGCAUUCAGUAUGACGUUGAAACGCGGGUUGGAUCGUUUCCACGAGACUGCACGGGCGCUCGUCGCGGCGGGUGAGCGCGUCUUUCCUGGCAAAGAGGCCUUCUUUCUGUAUGACUCGAUGGGCUUUCCGCUGGAUUUGACCCAAAUUCUGGCGAGGGAACGGGGCCUUGAAGUUGACGUCGAGGCAUACGAGUCCGAAAUGGCUCGUCAACGCGCGCAGUCGAGUGCUGCUCAUCGGAAACGGCUCGGAGCGGCAGAAGCGCUCGUGCUCGGACCAGAGCCGCUUGCUGUCCUCUCUGAGCAAUGGAAGAUUUCACCAACAGACGACUCGCACAAGUAUCAGUGGUACGAACCGCUCGAAUGUACCGUAUUGGCGAUCUACGCUGGCUCCGAGGGAUUUUUGCCGGCUGCAGAGACCGGUGACGACGCCUGUGUUGGCGUCAUUCUGGAUCGAACGCCCUUCUACGCAGAGGCUGGCGGCCAGGUCGCAGACACCGGCCGUCUGGAUGAGCGGUUUCACGUAAUCAACGUGCAAUCUUUUGGCGGCUAUGUCGUCCAUAUCGGCUACGGUCGCAUCGCAGUCGGUGAGCGAGUGAUCGCGCACGUGGACUACGAACGACGGGCGCUGGUGGCGCCGAACCACACCGCUACGCACAUCCUGAACUGGGCAAUAUGGCAAGUCCUUGGCCAGCAGUGUGACCAGAAAGGUUCGUUGGUUGAUGAACAAAAGCUCCGUUUUGACUUUGCGUACGGCCGUGGGCUCACCGCUGCCGAGUUAGAGCGCAUCGAGCAGUGCUGUCGUGAAGUGAUCGCUCGCAAUUUCGUGGUCUACACACAGCAGGUCUCUCUGACAACCGCGAAGCAGAUACGAUCGUUGCGCGCGGUAUUCGGUGAGACCUACCCCAGUGAGGUUCGUGUCGUAUGCAUCGGAGCACCGGUGGAGAAAGUGCUUGCGGCUCCUGUGCAAUCCGACUGGGACCAGUAUUCGAUUGAGUUGUGCGGGGGCACCCAUUUACAGCGCACCGGGGAAGCGCACGCCUUCUGUCUCGUGGAAGAGGGCGCGAUUGCGAAAGGCAUCCGACGCGUGGUGGCCCGUACCGGGGCCUCAGCGCUCGAGUGCAUGGCACUCGCGCGAGGUCUUGCCAGUCGCCUUCCGCCGGUGCCUGUAGGGUCCGCGGCUGAGAAUGGUGCAAGCGGCGCUUCUGUGGAUGCUUCCAUGCCGCCCGUUGAUCUGCUGACGACCUUGGCCGAGUCGCUCAAGGCGAUCACCAUAUCGGCGUCGGAGAAGGAGCGCCUUCGACAACGUCUGGACUAUUGGGAGCGGAUGGCUCGGAAGCAAGCGAAGCAGGUAGCCGCGGCACGCGAGCAGGCUCUCGUGGAUGAGCUCGUACGGCUCGUGAACAAUCCGCAGCAGGACGCAGGUUCACCAGUACGGCAGGUUCCCGUUGUUGUGGCUGCGCUUCCUAUUGACGGUGAUCGCCGGAUCCUGCAGGGCAUGCUUCAGAGCGCCCUCAAACGUCUAGGCAGCGGGGUAUGGGCGCUUCUGAUUGCAUCGCCGGAGCGCAACGACGAAUGCCUUGUUGGAUGUGUCGCCGCGUACGAGGCGCAGCGCGCUGGUCUUGACUGUAGCCGAUGGUUGACCGAAACCCUGGCCCCUUGGCAUGGACGCGGUGGUGGCAAACCGGACGCAGCACGCGGCUCCUGUCGAUUGCUUUCACCAAUCGAGCAGCAGCAGCAGCAGCAGCAGCAGCAGCAGCAGCAGGACGCUGAUAGGACAGCGUCGAUUCGAGAGGGGGAUCCUGAACGAAACAUCUAUUAUCUGGACAAAGCACUCAUAGCUUUACAUGAUAGUAUAUUAACAGACAAAAAGGAAAUUGCAGGGCUUCGACCGCUGCUGGAGCGAGCGGCACGCCUAGCGAAUGCCGCGCUAGCGUCUUCCUUCGUUUCGACAUCGACGUCGACGAGAUCGGGGUCUGCUGCAUAG